AUGAACAUCUCAGAAAAUGAGGGUAAGGAGGACGUCCCAUCAAAAGGGGUCCUUCAAAACAUCGAUAUUGAUCCCAUGGUUGAUGUGCCAAGUAGUUCCAAUGAGAAUGUAUUGACGGGGACCAAUAACAUUGUAAGGAGGAGAGCUGGAUUUCAUGGAAAUGUUCCUAGUGGCACGGGAAAGGUUGAAGCAAGAGGAGGAGGAGGAGGAGGAGGAGGGCUUAAGGGCCUGCAUUUUCUUAAUAUCAAAGGGAAGGAAUCUGAAGCAUGGAAGCCUAUGGAAAAGCGCUUCCAUCAAUAUGCAGUUGAAGAUAGGCUCUCUAGGGACGACUUUGGAACCUGCAUUGGAAUGGGUGGACGAGAGUCGAAGGAGUUUGCAGGCCAACUGUUUGAUGCAUUGUGUAGGAGAAGGAAGCUGUGUGCAGCCGAUGGGAUUACUAUUGUUGAAUUGAGGCUGUUUUGGGAAGACUUGACUAGUGAAGACACCGAAUCCCGGCUUCAGAUAUUCUUUGACAUGUGUGACAAGAAUGGUGAUGGGAAGCUCUCAGAGGAUGAGGUAAUGGAGGUUAUAAUUUUGAGUGCCUCCACGAACAAGUUGGCAAAUCUUAAAGAUCAAGCAGCAACAUAUGCAGCUUUGAUCAUGGAAGAGCUUGACCCUGACCACCUCGGGUAUAUAGAGAUGUGGCAGUUAGAAACUCUACUUAGGGAAAUGGUAAUGGUUGAGACGGAAGCAAAACCAAAAAUUAGCAAGAGAACCCAAACUCUCGCAAAAGCCAUGAUUCCUAGAAGGUACAGGAAUCCUAUGAGCAAAUUCACAUCUACUACCAUAGAGCUUGUCUACGAAAACUGGAGGAAAAUAUGGAUUAUUGGGUUGUGGCUAGCGGUUAACGUGGGCCUGUUUACUUGGAAAUACCGCCAGUACCAGAAAAAUUCGUUAUACAAAAUCAUGGGUCGAUGCCUCUGCUUUGCAAAGGGUGCUGCUGAGACCCUUAAGUUCAACAUGGCUCUCAUUCUCAUUCCAGUUUGUAGGAGAGGUCUUACAGCCCUUAGAUCAACAUUUUUAAGUAACUUGAUCCCUUUUGAUGACAAUAUCAAUUUCCAUAAGUUGAUUGCAUUGGGAAUAACAGUUGGGACUGGUAUACAUGGAAUCGUGCAUCUAGCCUGCGAUUUUCCUAGAUUGAUUUCAUGUCCACAUGAUCGGUUCAUGGACAUUGCCGGGCCUUAUUUCAAAUAUAAGCAGCCAAGUUACAUGGACUUGGUUAAAAGUAUUCCAGGCAUAACUGGGAUUAUCUUUGUUGUUAUCAUGGCAUUUUCCUUCACUCUUGCAUUGAACUCACUCCGGAGAAGUAUCAACUUACCAGGGCCUCUCAAGAAUUGGAUAGGGUUUAAUACCUUCUGGUAUUCACAUCAGUUGCUGGCAUUGGCAUAUAUACUCUUCAUCAUACACGGUUUUUUCCUAAUAUUUCAGGAUCUAUGGUACAAGAAGACGACAUGGAUGUAUGUAUCAGUUCCAGUGUUAUUGUAUGCAAGUGAACGACUGGUUACAAUAUUUCGAGAAUUUUCACACCCUGUCUGUGUCAUUAAGGCGAUAACUUACACAGGAAAUGUUCUCGCACUGUACAUGACCAAACCUCCCGGAUUCAAGUACGAAAGUGGAAUGUACCUCUUUCUCAAGUGUCCUGAUCUGUCAAAUUUCGAAUGGCAUCCCUUCAGCAUCACUUCUGCCCCAGGAGAUGAAUACUUGAGUGUCCACAUCAGAGCUCUGGGAGACUGGACUACAGAGCUCAGAAACAUCUUUUCUAAGGUAGUACAAUUAUAUCCGAGGAUUGUAUUAAAGGGACCCUUUGGAGCCCCUGCUCAGAAUUACACCAAGUAUGACAUCUUAUUGCUCAUAGGUCUUGGAAUUGGAGCAACUCCUUUCAUCAGCGUCGCAAAGGAUAUCAUAAACCAUAUAAGCAAAAAAUACGCUGAAGGGCCUGUAAGUUAAGAAGAGUCAGGAGGUCAUGUUCGACGAAGAAGCUCCUUAGGAAAGUUGCUAAGCGGCGACCAUGUUGAAGUGAACACAAAGACUCCAGAAAGAGCAUACUUUUACUGGUUAACAAGGGAACAAGGUUCAUUUGAAUGGUUUAAAGGCGUCAUGGAUGAUAUUGCAGAAUGUGACCAGCAUCGAGUAAUAGAAAUGCAUACCUACUUGACAAGCGUCUACGAAGAAGGAGAUGCACGGUCUGCGCUUAUUACCAUGGUACAGAGACUGCAACACGCUAAGAAUGGGGUUGAUGUUGUCUCACAAAGCCGGAUAAGAACACAUUUUUCAAGACCUAAUUGGAGAAAGGUGUUUUCAGACUUGGCUGCAGCUCAUCAAUCAUCUCGAAUAGGCGUCUUCUACUGUGGAACUCCAGUACUUAUCAAAACACUAAAGAACCUUUGCCUAGAAUUUAGCUUAAAUUCAUCAACCCGGUUCCAGUUCCACAAGGAGAAUUUCUAG